AUGUCAUUUACACAUAUCAAAGGUUUUAUUUAUUCACUUCUUGUCUGUUAUCUUAUACCAGUAUGUUUAAUAUUAUAUAUUUAUUUUCAUCUUAUUAUGUAUAUUCGUCGAUUACCUAAUUGUGGUAUUUUAUUACAAACAAAACGUGAAAUAACUGCUAUAAAGUUUAUUUUGAAGAUUUGUUUAGUAAUGAGUAUUCUUGGUUUUCCUACACUUUUCUUUUUAUUUCAAUUUAUUAUUACUGGUGAAAUGCAUCCAUUUGCUGAUCGAAUUCAUGAACUAUGUGUAUCUAUAAAUGCACUCGGCUUUACAUUCGGUUUCUCAAUUCUCAAUUCAUUUACUCAACUUUUACCUCCACUGUCAGCUGAUGAGGAUAGUAGUAUGAUAAACUUACAAAGUGUCAUCACUUAA